CGCAAUUACCACCGCUAUUAAUAAUAACAAGAGACAAAUUGAAUCGGUUAGUUUACUAGUGUUACCUGAUCAUCUACAUGCGUAUGUAUAUUAACAGUGUACCGGUUAUUUAAUUGUAAGAGAAAACGACAACAUAAUACUUGAUCGUGAGUUAAAUUAUACAAAAAACGUAGUUUGUACACGUUUGCACGUUGUUUUCGCUUUAGACGUUUAUUACAGAUAAUAAACAAAAAAAUAUGAUACUUCAAGCGUUUCUAAUUACUUUAAUAAGUACGAUUGGUCUGUGUGAUGUACGCCAUUUAAAUUAUGAGGUAACUCCUACCACCGAAUAUUACGAAUCCCCUCGACCUUAUGCUUUUGGCUAUGCAGCCGGUAGAUAUCCUGGUAACAUUGAUCGAACCCAUUCCGAAAUAAGUGAUGGAUCUGGUGUAAUAAGAGGUACGUUUUCUUAUGUCGAUCCCCGUUUCAAAAUAAGAACGGUGGAGUAUGUGGCCGAUAAAGAUGGCUUCCAUCCACAUUUAAAUCAGGUUCCUCCGCCACUUCCGGCGGAUUCUCCGGUCGUUGCGGCAGCCAAACAACGCCAUCUUGUACAGUACGCGGCUAUAGCCAACUCUCAUCAAUCACCCCAGGAAAAUGUAGUUUUACCGGGUGACACUGCGGCCGUUGAAAAUGCUAAACUGAAACAUUUCAAACUUUAUAACAAAAUCGCUGAAGAACAUGCACGUUUAUCAGCCGAAACGGCCGCCAGGGAAAUCCCUAUACAUCAGGAAUACGGAGAACAAGAGAAAGUCCGUGGUCUCAAUUAUUAUCAGUAGAUCAAAAGAAUAAUUGAACGCAAGCGCGAAAAACUUUCUUCAAUAUUUUGUUUGUUAUGAAUGACAGUUGUUCAAUAUUCAUCCAUUUGUUGAUAACAUAAUGGUUCGAUUAUUGAUCACAAUCGUUCAAUUGUUACUAACAAUUAAAUACGUUAUCCGAUAGCAAAACGCUUGGAAAAUUUAUGAAUUAUGCGAUUUGUUAUUUUUAUUAACUUCCCAUUAGGAAGUUAUUGUAAUUGGGUCGAAAAGUGAAAUCGGAAUUUUCAUUAUA